AAUCACAGCGCGGUAAAGUUGUGAAGCGGAAGAGGGAUGCAGAGAAGAUGGCUGAACUUAGAUAGCCGACUGUUCGUGUUUGUCUUCAUCAUGGCGCUGCUCCGGAGCACAGGUGGACGCACAAGUAGACUGCUGGUGCUCGUGCUGCUAUUUGUGGGCUGUUUGGAGUUUGUAUCGAGUUUCGGUCAAAGCCUCGACACCGAGUUUACGUUUCUGCUGCCUGCCGGAACAUCCGGGUGUUUCUACCAGACAGCGACGAAGAACGGGACGAUGGAGGUCGAAUACCAGGUGAUAGCAGGUGCAGGUAUGGAUGUAGACUUUACCAUCCUCACUCCAGAAGGCAUCCAGAUCGUCAUGGAGUCACGGCGCUCCGAUGGAGUCCACGUGGUGGAGCCGACGGAGGCGGGGGACUAUGAGAUCUGCUUCGACAACAGCUUCAGUCGCUUCUCGGAGAAGACAGUGUUCUUUGAGAUCAUCAUUGAAGGUCAGGGAGGAGAUGUGGGAGGAGACGACGAGUGGGCAGGACUCGAUGAGCCCGAUGGAAGCCUUCUGGAGUACAAGCUCGACGACAUUCGGGAGUCCAUGGAUUCUCUGCACAGACGCUUGGAGCGCAGCCGGCAGAUGCAGACGGUGCUGCGGGCUUUUGAGGCUCGGGACAGAAACCUCCUGGAGGACAACCUGUGGAGGGUCUCGUUCUGGUCCUGUGCCAGCGUGCUGGUUCUGCUGUGUGUGGCCCUCACUCAGGUAAAGUCCUCGCUCGUCUUGUUACUACUUUCAAGACAAGUGUCUGAUCAACACUUUUUAGAACUGCAGUAAUAACUUCAGUGAAGCUCUGUCGUUCUCGUUAUGACCAGUAGGGGCAGCGUCCUCUUUACCAAACCAUCACUGGGCUCAUCUCAUGAAGAACGGUGGGAUGACAUCAUAAAAUGUGAAAUCUAUCAACUGUGUUUGUUCUCAGGUCUUCACCGUCCGUAAACUGUUUGACGACAGGAGGAGAGUCUGCACAUAGAGAGACGGCGAGGAAGACCAUGACAUUACAACAGGGUGGUGAGGAGGACCAUGACAUCACAACAAGACGGCGAGGAGGACCAUGACAUUACAACAGGACGGCGAGGAGGACCAUGAUGUCGACUCUCACCACAAACCAACACUGUUAUAAAAAGCUCCUUAUUCUCACAGCAGGAUAUGUGGAAGGCUUCUGCAGAUCCAGGAACUAGAGGACUUUUUAGAGUAUUUCUUUCCUCAGGAUGAAGAUGAAGGUGGUUAAAGGUGGAUGAAGGUGGAGGUGAUCCACAGAUUGUCUUUGUUGAUGCUGCAUCUCUUCUUGCUCACAGAUUAGUAUCACUCCUUUUUAUUAGUUUUUUUUUGUUUCUUAGUGAUUUUGAAGUUACUGAUUUCUCUUUAUGUGCCGGUUUACGUCCACGCUGACAUGAACAGAAUGAGACUUUAAAGUUGAAUAAUAAUGAAACUUUGGGUCAGCGUUCAUCCUGAGCUGUCUGUCGAAUGUAUGGCUCCGCCCCUUCAGAAACAUUGAUCUAGAUGAGCAAACCUGCUUUUUUAUAUGUACGUAAGGUUUUCACGAUAUCAGAUAUUUAGACUUUGAUACCAUUCUUGAUAAAAGUGAUCUCUCUUUGGCUCAAGGCAGCUUUUGGUUAAAACAUGGCUGAAGAUUCAAAGGUCACAUGAGGUUCUUUAAAUAAGUCUCAGAGCUCCUCAUAACAUGUCUGUGAAGUUUCUUGUUCUAAAUCCACUCUGAUCCUGUAUUUGAUCAUGCCUAUAACCCCCUCUGUUUCAGCCCUGCUCAGAACAGGCUGUUUCUGUGUAAAUGAGCUGUGUCUGACCACGCUCUUCUCUGGAAGGGUUUGGGUGUCUCAGGCUUUCUCGCUCCGUGCCCGAUUGUUUACGGUGAGAAGGCAGACUCAGAGGGCAGAACAAACCCCUAGCUGUUGGAGUGUCACCCACCUGGGGGAGGGGUUACUGCCCUUUGUGAUGUCAUGAAGGGAAAAUCUCCAAACGGCCUGUUUGAGCACACAUUUUCUGAAAAGUGUAGCAGGAAAAAGACAAAGAGGAUGGACUUUUCUCAUCAUUGGGGGGUUUGUAGACAGACUAGAGACACAUGUUAGAGUUAGAGGAACAUGGAGAAGAGGAUUUUAAAGAACAUGACCUUUAACUUUUCUUAAAGCUUCGGUACUUUUCAAUAGUAAAAAUCAAAUUAACAGUCAAGUUUUAAACAACUGGUAUGAUGAACUUACAUAUGUAAAGAGAUUGGGAUUGGGUCAGUGAUAUUAAUAAACAGAUGUUUUACACAGAAACUUGGUUUAAUGUGUGUUUGUAGAAUACAGACUAGAGACACACAGAUGUCUAAUGAAUAUUUAUGAUUCAAUCCUGCAGAACUCAGAAUCUUAAGUUCUACUGAUGUCACCCGGACAGAUGGCAGAAUCAUGUCAAACCCUGAAUGUGGGGUGAGACUAAUUAUUCAAGUAAAGGAAAGAAAUGAAAUGGUUUGUUUGAACGAAGAAGACCUUUUACCAUGUGGUCUGACUUUAGAUUCAUAUGAAUAAUAAAUCAUUCAGUUAACUCCUCCCUUAUAUAAUGAAACAGAUCUGGAUCACACAAAAACUCCUCCUGAACGUCGACUGGCAAGUGCACCUGAUGGGGCGACAGUCCGAGAGCUCAGCUGGAUUCAGCAGCGGUUUGGGCGUGAUGGGCCUUGUGGAGGUCGCCUGUGUGACAGUGAUCAGGGUUAGGGUCGGUUUGGAUCAAUGAAUCAUUUCAAUGUAACAAACAUGAGUGAGAGGGGACAGAACUGUAGAGGCAAAGUAACACUAUCUGUAUUGUAUGUAACCAGUGUUACCAUGGUAACCUAACUAGGUACAUCAAGGCUGGACGGUGGAACAGGAGACGUGUUCAUUUGACUGACAGGUCUGGACUGCAUCAAGGUCACCAAAGGGUUAACCAAAACCAAACUGAAUCCAAUCUUUGAAAAACAAACAGACGCAAGGAAAAUAUUUCUGAAUCCAGUUUUGACUUCUUCCAUGAAUCAAACAUUUCCUUUUUUACAAUAAUAAAAAAUUAUUCAGGUCAAGCAAGAGGUGCUUAUCCUAGUGUGUUGAACUAUAGUACUGAAAAUAAAUAAGACAACACACCCAAAUGUUGCGUAAGUGACUAGAGUCCCUCAAAGGACUAGGAUCCCUCAGGAUAACUCUGCUUCCUAGCUUUAAAAUCAAAUUCAAAAUGUGUCUCUGUCAAUCAUUAGAUGUGUAAUUCAUGGUUCAUUCAAACAGGCUUAAAAGAGAGAUAGAUAGUAUUUUUCUUUUAGUAAUGUGUUUCUGAAAUAACUUACCAUUGAACUCUUUUGCCUCUUCUGCAGUAUCAGAAGAGAUACUUUCAGGGUUUUAUUCUUUCUUUUUAUUUUAAUAAAAGAGACGCAAGGAAACGAAGCAGAGGAGAGAGGAAAUGAGGAGAUAUGUUUUAAGAGACAUGACACGUCCUUUCCUCUGUAGCGAUGUCCGUUUGUGAUGAUGAGCUGUUUAUGUCCGCACAAAUAUGAACUGUAUUAAUUCUAAUAAAAUACACAAACAAAUAAA